UGGCCACAGCCAGCGCCUCCUCAGCCGGCUCAGCGCCGAGAGGCUCACGGCUCGCCGUGUAUUGUAUGUCGCGGCCGUAGCGGCUAAUCGUUUCGUAAUUACUUUGUUCCGUAACAGUUUUAAUUCGCAAAGCACCGACGUGGUCGACUGCAGCGUGUUGCAGCGGUUCAACGACUCCAGAGUCCGGGCUGUCAGAGCUGUGGCCGUCGGAGUAAACAGUACCGGCGGGGCCAUUCUCCAGGAAGAGCCUGAGCAGAGCCUACCGUGUGCGCGUUAGAAAACGCAAUUUUUCUGACAUUCUUGAAAGCUGCACGAUGCCUUCAAUGCCACUGUCCUGUAAGGAAUGCUGCAUGCAGUUCACCGGCCCUGUGCCUUACAUGGAUCACAUGCAAAGCGCCAAACACAAGAGGAAAAUGGCGACUCUGAAUCAGACCGACGCGUCGGCUCCGGCUUCGGACUCCAAAGGAGUGGCUGCCGUCAAAGGAAGCUCCAUUUUGAAGCAUCCUCUGCCGUUUGUGUGCAAGCUGUGCAAUGUUUCGAUGAACUGUGAAGCUGCCCUGAUGGCCCACAAUAAGGGAAAAAGGCACCAGCGGGCAUUGAAAAGUCAAGGCACCAUCCAGCAGUCAACUGAGGAGUGCUCGGCAAAGCCACUCGAAAGCUCUGCGCUGGCCACGUCAUCACUUGCCACUCCAACUCAAGUGCAGUCCACAGUCGAAGACCUCUCCUGCGAAUACUGCGGCAUUGUGCUUUUCAAGAGUAACGAGUACAAGGUGCUACACUUAGAGACGGACGCACACCGGAAAAACAAGCAGUGGGCUAUGGCCCAGCAAGGGUAUAAGAGCGAACGCGAGGAGCCGUUGCUGAAAAAGCUGAAGACAGAACACCAGGAAAGCGAAGUUACCGGAGGUCCUAACGGCGGGUAUGAUGAGUACGGAGGCUCAUAUGAGUAUAACGAGCACGGAGGACCUAAUGAUGAUUACGGUGGGCCUAAUGAUGGCUACGGUGGGUACGGAGGCCAGUGAAGCCUCUCCGCACUGCACCGACGAUUGGUUUAGUCCAGGUGGCGGUGUGGGCAUUGCUGCUAAUUGGACAGAUUGAUGACCCAAAUUGCCCCCUAAUGAGUGUGACAUGUUGGCACCUGAAAACCUAUAAAAAUCACUCAUCACCUCAGCUUAAAUGCACUCACUGUAUUUUUUUUUUUCAGCCUAGCGUGCACGAUUUCAGCUUGUGUGAGGUGAUCCUUGCGUUAGGGGAUUACCUGCAGCCGUGUGUGAUUAAUUUAAUGGAUUGGCUUUAUAAUGUUCACUUGGGCAAGGUGAUAACUGUGGUAAGGACACAAAGCGCAAGCACGCAACAUCACUUUGUUACGACUGGCAAAAUCACAAAACUUCUGUGUGACAUCCUGAUUGUUCUGUGUGUGCGUGUGUGUGUAAUCAUGGCCAUUGGUAUUGCAGUAAAAUACAUCUGAGUGGCUGAAAAGUC